AUGGGUAGAACAACGAGCAAUGGUUUGACCUCUGCAGACAGGUCAGCAGAUUUUUCCAGAGACUUAAUGGCCCCACAAAAAGCCUGGAAUUUGGAAACCUUAUUGCCGUGUAAUUUUGAGACUGCAACUGAUAGUUUUCCUGAGAUUCAAUGGGACGAUUAUUUGCUUAUGGAGUUUCAGGAGUUUAAUAGUGGUGGUGUUCAGAAAGGUUUGUGUGAAAAAACUCAAAUUGAAGCAGGUAGUGCCAUUGAAAAAAAAUCUGAGUUUUUUAAUUUGCACUCAGUUGUAAUUAGUAACAAGAAGAUAGGAGCGGGUGAUAAAGAAAGUCAAACCUUGACGUUGAAAGAUAUGUUGGUUGGUGAUUUUCAUAAAAAUACAACUUUGAGUGAUGCUAAUUUGCUAGAUGAUAAAGUAACUGAUACAUUCGUCGCUGAUUUGAUUACUCAUGACCACUCAUAUGCAGACCUUCAGUAUAAGCCACAAGACAUGUGUUCUGACAACUUUAUGUUUGGGAAAACAGAAGACUGCAGUAAUCAGUCUGCCACUUGUAGUAAUCCAAAACUGGGGAUAGAUGAACAGGUUCUAGAUAGCUGCACCGAGUUCAGCAAAAAUUAUAUAGGAUUUAAACCACUGUCUCCAGCAUCGUCAACAUCAUCCUUGAUUGCAGAUUUGGCUUCAAGUUCGUCUUACUCCAUUCUCAGUGGGGAUGAAAGUGAUGAUAUGCUUACGAUGACCAGCUCACCAUUGCCAUCAUCUGACCAGGCGUUUACUAGCACACCUUCAACGCUUUUUCUUAGCCUUAAGCAGUUUAAAAGCAGGUCACCAUUACCACCAUCUGACCAGGCAUUUACAAGCACACCUUCAUCACUUUCUCAAAAUCAUAAGCAGUUUAAAGCCAGAACCCCACGGCAAUUUAACAGUCAGGAACAACAUAGGUUCUUAAAUUUCAGAAGCAGCAUGAACAAAAAGCAACCCAGCAAGGAACUUGCAGCAGAUUCAUAUCUUAAAAACUGUUCCGUGAAUUCAAAGGAAAUUGCAACAGAUUCCUACCUCACAAAUUGUUCCUUGAAGUCAAAGAAACAUGCAACAGAUUCACAUCUCACAGACUAUACCAUCAAUUCAGAUGGUGUGUUGCCAGUAUUUAGCCCUUCUAGUUUCGACUGGGAUGGACCUGAAACUAUGUCAGAGACUCCAUAUGACAUCUCUGAUACAGAAGUUCCAGUCAAGUUUUCAAAUCAUGCAAGUAAUGGGGCUAACCUGCUGCAGGGAGUGCUUCAUGAUCAUGACUACUGUUCAAAAGUCAGGUUUGACAGUGGUUCAAAGAAGCUUGCACCAUUGAAUCCUACAGUUAACACUGGCAUGUUUAAAAAUGGGAAAAGAACAUAUACAAAAAGGAGUAAAAUAAAUGGAAUGACUGAGAAAAUAUUGAAAGCCAAAUAUCUUAAGAAAGAAUUGUUAAAGAGGGAUAGUUCUCUAAAGCCGGUUCUAAACCAUAAGCCUAAGCUUACUGGCCCUAUUCUAACAAAGCCAAGUUCAAAGCCUGUAGGGAGACAAAGAAAGAAAGUGUUUAAUAAACUCUCUGAAGAGGAUAUUAAUCCAGAGACUGAAAAGAAACUAAAGAUUACUGGAAAGUUUCAAGAUCAGUAUGUGUAUUACUUAUCAAAAUCGUCAAGGACAUCUAGCAGAGGCAGACAGAAAUCUUCACUAAAUUCUGAUAAAAAUCUUGCAUCGGUGCCAAAGCCAGAGGAUAUUGUUAUUCCUCACUUAACAGAUGCAGAUAUAGAAGCAGUGCGUUUAAAAGGCCGUGAUGCCCUCAAGCAACCAGCACGGCAACCCUCCGUAGGUGCUUCGCCACCAUCAGUGCCUUUCCAGUCUGCCUGUUUUUCAGACAACUCUGCAGAACACCUGUAUGAUGUAGAUAGCCAUAUUGUCAGUACCAUACUCAGCAUGGAAAGUGACAGUGUUUCAUACCCAGUGUCUCAAGCACCAGUCAUCAGUACAUCAGCUUUAAACCUCAGUCAGUCGCCCAUCAUCGGUACAUCAAUUUUGAAUCCCAGUCUGCUGUCAGUCACCAGUACACCAAGUUUAAAUCUCAACCAGCCAUCAAUCACCAGUGCAUCAAGUGUAAACUUCAACCAAUCAGCAGACAUCAGUACAUCUAAUCUAAACCUCGACCAAUCAGCAGACAUCACCAGUACAUCAAAUCUAAACCUUAACCAAUCAGCAGACAUAACAUCAUCAAGUGUAAACCUCAAUCAGCCAUCUGUCAUCAGUACAUCAAGUCUAAACCCCAACCAGCCUGCACUGACUGAAAGCUUGAGGCUCAUGAGUGGAGAUCCUACUAUCACAUCAGAACAUGUCCUUAAUUACCUCCUGACUUUGGUGAAAGAUAAUGGAUUUACUGACAGUGCAUAUGGAGCAGAAUCAGGUACAGCAGUUUUCUUUCCACCUUCAGUGUCAGAUAGCAUUACCAUGGCUGAUCAAGCAGAACGGACUGAAGGAAUGUUGUACGAGGACACUAACAUUGAGUAUGUCAGUUCUGGGGAGGAGUUUCUGCACAUGAUGAACUCUGUAGAAAUCAGUAGUUCAGAUGAGGUAUUACAUCAUGGUGUUCAUAAUAAUGCAAAUCAUUGUUUCCAGCCUCCUCACAGUGACUGUGUUACUGACAGAACUCUGCUAGAUGACUUGUCCUCAAUUUUAGAAUCUAAGGAGGUGUUUCCAUCGGGAAAUUUACAUGGAGACUGUAGUAGUUCAGUUAAGAAAACAUUCAAACCUGACCCUUGUUCAGAAAGGACAACACAGGCUUCUUCAUCUGUUGAUAAGCUAAGAUCCAUAGAAAAAACCAUUGAUUAUUUAUACAAAGAUGAUGUUUUUGACCACACACAAGCUGAAUCCUCUUUAGUGACUACUCCCGUUCCCGAUGACACUCCGUGGAUUGUGACUGUUACCUUAUAUUUCAAUGAUGUGCCUGCCAUUAUGAUCAACAACCAGCCAUAUAUCCGCCUUGUGGACAUCUACAAGCAAAUACUGCCAGCAAAAGAUACGGGCAUCCUCAAGAAGCGUUGCCAGCUGAUGAAUAUCCCCAUACUCAGCUGCACAGAGAUGCAGCGAUAUUUUUUAGUGCAGUAUGGCAAAGCUUGUAACUCCAAGAGCACCAUCAUUGUUUCAAAAGACCAUGCAGCAGAUCUGAUAACAUAUUACACCACCCCACAGUCUCGAGCGGGCAGAAUAAGCCAGGAUCAUAAAUUUCAGCCAGGGAGUGGCUUAUUUCACAAAACAGCCAGGAAUAGCAGCGAUGAAAGAGGAUCAAAGAAAAUGUCAUCACAACGGCUGUCAGUGUCCAAAGGCCAUAGAAAGCGACCACAUGUGUUCGAAAAUACGUUUGAUAUUAGUGAGGUUUCAUCAGUUUCUUAUGGCAAACAAAUAAUGCACAAGAACUCUAAUUGUCUUGAUAUACUAAAAGGUCAAAGAAAGGAUAAUACUUCAGAUUCAACAAAUGCCAGCUUAUUGGAAUCUGUUGUAAAAACAGCUUCUAGCCAAACAUGUAAUGAGCCUUCAAUCAAACCACAUAGAAAUACCAAAAUGAAACAGUAUAGUAAGGGAGACGUAAGUAGAAUAUGUUCUUAUAUUCAUCAUCAGAAGAACAGGAAAAAAAGACACGUCCAUAAAGUCGGAAAAAAGCACAGGACAAAUGACGUUAACAGUGAAAUAGAUACAAAACUACCAAAAGUAUUUUUAGAGGUUGACCAAAGAAGUAGUCUUGGAUUGCCACAGAGUGACACAGAAACAGUGAAGUAUAAAGUAAAAUCAAAGAAGUGCACGCACAAGAAGGGAUCACAUCACAAAAAAGACUUAUCAUCUUCUGCCACGUCAGCUGCACCGGGUAGACCAUUGCCAUCACUGCCCGUGAAGCAUCAGUCUGUUUUGUCUGAGAAUGGUGUAGAACCACAGCUGCCACCACAAACGGCAAACCUAUAUGUGGACUUGUUUGUCAGGCCAGAAUCUGAGUGUGUCCGUUGUGCAACCUGCAGCCAGCAUCUGUCAGUGUCUCAUUUUAUGAGGCAUCAUCACGUUCCCAGUGAUAGUGGAUUGCUAGCUGCUGAGGCAACUCCACGGAUUCUGGUGCCUCUGAACAGUAUGGACAAAAUGUCAAAGCAGGAGCAGCACCUGUGGCGGAAGUUUCAGCGUCUGCAGAAAAGUGUUGGUUCUUCUAAUGGUGUAGAUGAUGGAACAUACAGUGAAUAUCGUAACCAGAAUAUUUGUAUUUUGCCAAAAUCAUCAUCAUCUUCGCUGUUACAUUUAGAUCAGCCUUUACAAUUUACGGACCACAAAAGAAAAAGGAAGUUGUCAUCUCAGUUGUCUUCAUCUUCCUGCCAUGUAGAAUGUGAUGAAAACCCCGAUUCUUUAGCUAAAAGACACAAGUUUUCGCCUACCUCUACCCCCUCAGCAAGUAGCAGCCAUAAACACUCAUCGGAAGCUAUUUCUGACUUAGUGACUCGGGAUUACACACAGACACACCAGCUCUCUGAAGUACCUGCAGGGGCAAAAAUAUAUAGUCUGAGGGAUGGUAGAUUGACAGAAGGUAACGCUCUUUCUCCAAGAACAAGUGCAAGGAAACGUAUAUCAAAACAGCUUUUUUCUAUUGAGGAUUACUAA